AUGACAGCAGCAGCAGAUGGCGCUGCCGACACGCCUGCAGCGGCAGAUGAUGCAGCAUCGAGAGCAGCAACAGCAGCAACAUCUGCUGCUGCAGCGGUAGCAGCAACUACAGAAGCAGUAGGAGCAGCGAAUGGUCCAACUUCCUCCGAAUUCUGUGCAGGACCAGCAGGUCCAGACCCCCCGCCACCUCCUCCAGCGGCAGCCACAGCAGCAGCAGCAGGAGCCGCACCAGUCGCAUCAGAAGGACCAACAGCAGCAGCAGCAACAGUAGCAGCAACGGAAGCAGCAGAAGCAGCUCGAAUUCCUUGGCGUGAGCAGCGUGAAGCAGCACUUGAAGCAUGCAGAGCUGUAGAUAGGGAGCUGCAGGCGCUGCUGCAGGACAGCAAGAAGAGGACAGGCAGCAGCAGCAGCAGCAGCUGCAGCAGGUUGCAAGAGUCCUGUGCUGCUGCGUCUGCUUUGCUGCAGCAGCACAUGGACAGACUAAGCGAGGGUUUGCCUGUAUUGGCUGCUGCAGUUCAGCGGUCUGCUGCAGCAGCAUCGCAGCACGGUGCAGCAGCAACAGCAUCAGGUGCAGCAACAGCAGCAGCAGCAGCAGAAGCAGCAGCAAGUCUUCUUGCUGCGUUCCCCGUUAGAGAUAUUCUUCUUGCUGCUCGCGAUGCAACAAAGACAGAAAACAUAAAGCUGCUGCUUGGAGCAGCAAACUUGCUGCGGUGCCUGCUGCUGCACCUGCAGCGGCGGCUGCUCAUGACACCCCAGGCCCCGCUACUGCAGCAGCAACAGCAAGAGCAGCAGGCAGAGAAGCAGCUGGAGACGGUGCAGCGGGAUGGGCUGAAGCAGAAACAAGGACUGGGAAUGGAUACCGCUGCUGCUGCUGCUGCUGCUGCAACAGAAGCAGCAGCAUCGGAUGUCUUGUUGCUGGUGUCGGUGCUGGAGGAUCUUAUGCAGCAGGCACUGCAGCAGCAACCGCAGCAGCAGCAGCAGCUACAGAUCCGUGUGCUGCAGGUUGCGCUUCUUGUUGCUGCACCAGAAGCAAGAGUUGCUGCUGAUGCUGCAGUUGUUCAUAGACUCGCGCGUCUCUUUGUAUGGUUCAUAGGAGCAGCAGCAGCUCCUUCUGCAUCUGCUGCUGUUCCUGCUGCUGCUGCUGCAGCUGCCACACACUCCAAAGCUGCUGCUGCUGCUGCUGCUGCAACCAACGCGUCCCUCUUCCAUGGCGCUUGUGCAGGGCUUGAGCAGCUCAUAGGCUGUCUUGUUGGUGGGGCACUACAAGAGCAGCAGCAGCAGCAGCGGCAGCGGCAGCAGCAGCAGCAGCAGCAGCAUAUUCUACUGCAGCAGAGGGAGCCAGGUCGGGCCGGAAGGGCUCUGUUGGAUCUGCUUGGGGAUUUGACGCACGUGUUGCUGCAGUCCUGCAACAGCAGCAGCAACAGCAGCAGCAGCAACAGUAGCAGCACCGGCAAAAUGGCUCCUGCUGCAGCAUGGCUUGGUGGUUUGUCUCUCUCUGCUUCUGUUUGCCUCCAUCUAUGGACUUCGCUGCUGCUGCAGUACCCGUCGCUGCCUCUGCUGCUGCCAGGUUUGCUGCAGUUGCUGCAGCAGCAGCUGUGCCCCGUGCUGCAGCAGCUCCUGCUGCAGCAGCACCCGGAGAAGCCCGUGCUGCUGCGUGCGGUAAGGCUUGUUGUGCUGCUUGUGUAUAUGUACCUCCCACUGCUGCAGCAGCAGGCAACUCCGCUGCUGCUGCUGCUGCAGCGCCUGGCAGAUGCAGCAGCAGAUUGGGUGAGAGCUGCUGCUCUUGAAGCUCUGACUGUUUGCUGCAGCGACCCUGUGCUGCUGCUGCAGCUAGACGCCCCGGAGCCCCCUGCUGCAGCAGCAGCUCAGGGUGCUGCUAGUACAAGUGGGGAAGGAGGAGAAACAGCUGCAGCAACUGCAGCAGCAGCAACAACAACAACACGACCUCCUCCUCGUCGCCUCUUGGGGCAGAUCCUCGAGACAUUCAGCCGCACCAUCCAUCAGAUAUGCUUUGCUUCUGCUGCAGAGCAGCAGCAGCAACUGCUGCUGCUGCACAGAGAUGCCUUUCAGCUCUCUGAGAACCCUGCUGCUGCUGCUACUGCAGCGCAGCACCGGAGCUCAGGUGUACGCACAGCUGUAGGAGCCAUGCGUGUUGCUGCUGCUGCUGCCAGGAGGGAGGCAUCUGGCUACUGGGUUGCGCUGCCGCCCCGCAACAGCAGUAGCAGUAGCAGCAGUAGCAGCAGCAGCAGCAUCAACAGCAGUAGUAAUAUCAGCAACAGCAACAACAGCAGCAGCAGCAGCAGCAGCAAGGUGCGGCUAGGAAUGCUUUCGCGCGAUGCUGCUUUGCUGCAGUGCAGCAGCAGAUGCAGCAGCACCACCAGCAGUCGUACUAGCAGCCCACGUAGGAGCACUAGCGGGCCCGCUAGUGGAGCAGCAGCAGCAGCAGCAGCUGCUGCUGCUGCAGUUGCUGCUGGUAGUAUACAAUCUUCUGGCACAGCAAGACACGGAUCAGUGAGUUCCAUAGGAUUUGGUUCUCGUGAGCUGCAGCAGCAGGCGGGGAACAGCACCAGCAGCAGCAGCAGUAGCAGCAGCAGCAGCAGCAGCUUCCGCAGCAAGGCCUCAUCAGCAGAGUCUGCUGGUGCUGGUGCUGCUGCUGGUGCUGCUGGGUAUGAAGUAUGGGAUACAGCACCGCGGCUGCUCGAGUGCUGCGCUGCUCUUGGAUGUCCAGAGGAGGAAGCUGCAGCAGCAGCAGCUGCUGCUGCUGUUGUCUCAAGGGCGCGUUUGCUGCACCUGUCGCUGUCUGGCUUGCUGCUCUCAGUAGAGGCGCUGCUUGCUGCGACAUUGGAGGCUGCUGCUGCUGCACCGCCCGCUGCAGCAGCAGCUGCUGUUGCAGCUACAGCAGCAGCAGACCCUGAGCACCAGCGGAGGAGGCUGCAAAUGCUGCUGCGGCAGCCACUUGAUUUACCGCUGACACAGCAGCAAGCUUGCUGCUUUGCUGCUGCUGCUGCAGGGUGGAGUCCGGUGGUGUCGGCCUUAGGUCUAGUACUGACAGCCCAUGUCUCUCUUACUCUGCAGACAGCAGCAACUAGCAGCAGCACCACCAGCAGCAGCAAGAAGGAGUUGGGCUUGACUUGGCCUGGGCAGGCAGCAGCAGCGGCAGCAACAACGAAUGUGCUGCUCUGCUGCUGCUACCAGCUUCUGCUCGUCUGCUGCUUGCUGCGCGUUGCUGCUGCAGCAACUGCAACGCUGCAGGCAGUAAUGCGCUUCUGUUUGUAUGCAGCAAUGGGCAGUGCUGCUGCUCCUGCUGCAGCAGCGCAAGACUCCACUAGCCACCUGCACCGCAGCAACAGCAGCAGCAGCACCAGCAGCAGCAGCAGCACCAGCAGCAGCUCGUCAGCAGCUGCUGCCGUUGUUGCUGCUGCAGGGGGUGCCGCUGCUUCUCUCGGUCUAACAAGCUCGGAGGCCUUUACCUGGUUGUUUGGGAGACGUGACACCAAGAGCACAAGCAGCAGCAACAACAGCAGCAGCAGCAACAGCAGCAAGCUGCCGCAGCAGCAGGUCUCCCAGCUUGCUGCUGCUGCUCGCUCCUUCCUGUUUGCUGCUAUAUCUAACCUAGGCAGCAUCCUCUCCCCUUCUUGUUGGCUGCUCUGUCUGCGGGCACUAGAAGAGCUGCCGCCUCUUGACCAGCAGCAACAGCAGCAGCAACAGCAGCAGCAGCAGCACCAGCAGGUGGUGGAGCUCGAUUUUCCUCCCGAUUAUGGUAUGCCUGCUUUAUUGAUGGAGCCAGCGUCAGCAACAACAGCAGCAGCAACAGCAGCAGCAGCAGAUGAUGAUGAUGAUGAUACAACGGUAGUAGCUGCAGCAGCGAAUGAAGGACAGUCAGAGGCUGUGGUAGCAGCAGCAGCAUACUGGAGGGACUUAGGGUUAAGUGCGCAUGCAGCAGAAGCAGCAGCAGAAGCUGCUGCUGCUGCUGCCGUGUCUGUUGCAUCUUCUGCUUGCCCCAUAGCUUUACGAGGCCCUUCUGCUUCUGAUAACAGCAGCAGCAGCAGCAGCACCGUGCAACCACUGCAACCACCGUCUCCGGCGUCGUCUGCAUCAGCGUCUGCUGCUGCUGCAGCAGCAACAGCAGCUGCAGCUGCAGCAGCAGGAAAAGGAGAAUUAGCUGCAUUUGGGCUGCUGUCUAGACAGCUGACAUAUCAAGGCCUAAAGGCUGCACUGCAUGCGCAUGCACAGUAUUUGCUGCUGUUGUUGCUGAAGGCUUCUUCCGCCACUACGGCUGUGGGGCCUGCAGCAGCAGCAGCAGCAGCAGCUGCUGCUGCUGCUGCCGCGGAUUCCCCCGCAAGCGGACGCCCCACGCAGCAUCAGCUGGACCACCAAGACACUGCAGCACGCUGUUGCUGCAGCACAGGAGGGCCUUGUCAGAUAUCGGGAUGUGCAGCAGCUAUCUCAGCCACAGCAGCAGCAGCAACGGCAGCAGCAACAACAACAUCAGGCAGCAAUUCUGCAGCACCGUGGCAAGGGUGCAGCAGCAACUCGCUGGAGCCUUUUAUUGGCCCUCGAACUGAAAGACUGAGCAGCAGCAGCAGUAGCAGCAGCUGCAGCAGCGAGGCGCUGCUGCUGCCUCCCUGCUGGCGACGACUGUUGCUGCUGCUGCUGUACAACGUCGACCGCCUGCCGCUUCUUAUACAAAACUCUGUACCCCGUGCCUCCUCAGCAGCAGCAACAGCAGCAGCUGCUGCAGCUGGUGAGGAGGAAGAGCAGAGGGAUAUAUUGGCUUUUGCUGCUCUUGCAGAUACACCGCAGCUAAGUGCAGCAGCAAGAGUAGAAGCAGUGAGGUGUUUGUCUUUGUUCUUGCAGCUGCUGCUGCCGGAAAUAAACUCUUGCUGCGCUGCAGCAGCAGCAGCUGCUGCUGCUGCCUGCCCCGAGGAGACCGCAGCAGCAGAAGCAGCAGCAGCAACAGCAGAGGCGGAGCUUCAGUGUCUAGCGCUGCAGUGUCUAUGCAGGUUGCUAGCAGCAGCAAAUGGAGUGUCACGUUUUGCUGCGCUGCGGUCUCUGCAGCAGCUGCUGCAGACACGAGGGCAGCUGCUGCGGCCCCGUGCUUGGCUACUGAUUCUUGCUGCUGUUGCUGCAGCAGCAGCACAGCAGGUACCCCAUGAACUCCGUGCCGUCGUAUCGGCUGUUGCUGAGGCACGCAACAGCAGCUGGGAUACCAGCAGCAUCUGCUGCAGCAGCACCAGCAAACAGCAGCAGCAGCAGCGGGUUCAUUCUCCUGGUUGCAUAGCUGACCGUAGGGAGGUCUUAGCGCUAAUGGAGUUAAUCGUUCAUGACUAUGGAGAGGAUAUUCCUGUGCAUCCACUGACGCACGUGCUGGCAGCAGCAGUGGCAGCGUUGGCGAUAUCUGAGGAAGGGAGCAGCAGCAGUAGCGAGGCAGCUGCAGCAGCUGCAGCAGCAGCAGCAGCAGGUUCAGCAGAUAUAUCUGGUGGAUUUGCUUCUUGCUUCUCUUAUCGAUGCAUUGGUCUUCUUUGGUCUCUUGCAGAUUUCUUAGGAAAAAAGAGACGCAAACGAGCUGCUGCUGCUGCUGCAACAGCAGCAACAGCAGCAACAGGAGCACUGGAAGAUGACAAAGGCAGUCUCAUGGCGUUAUCACCAACGGCAGCAGCAGCAGCAACACCACAAGCAGCAGCAGCAACAGCAGCAACUGCAGCAGGAGCAACGGAGACACGUCUGUUGCUUGUGCCGUUUGCUUCCUCUUUACGUUUUUUCGAGCCUCUUUGGGCGCCUCAGCAGCAGCAGCCGCUCAGCGCCCAGCAGCAGCAACAGCAGCAUGAACAGCAGCACGAACAGCAGCAGCAGCAGCAACAGCAGCAGCAUGAGGAGAUUGAUUUAGAGGAGAGCUUAACAGCAGCAACAUAUAUGCAUUUAGGUGUAUUAGCAGCAGACAGCAGAUCUUCUCUUCGUCAUUGUGCACUAAAAAGUUUAAUUGCUGCAUUAAGAUCUUUUCCCCUUGUAUUAAAUUAUAAUUAUAAUUAUUAUAAACAAUACUCUGUUAGGUGUGUGUCUCGCAUACUGACGACAACUUUGCUGGACGUCUGCAGCGCAUACGUGAGGUUGACCGCCCUGAAGGAUGAACAGAGCAGCAGCAAUAGCAGCAGCAGCAGCAACGGCAGCAGCAGCACCUGUAACAGCAACAGCAGCAGCAACAACAGCAGCAGCAACAACAGCAUGGAGAGCGAGGCAAAGCAAUGGGCUGAGACACUCGUUAUUGCUGUUGACGGCGUGCGUGUGCUGCUGCUGCACUACGCAUCUGCUCUGCAACAGAAGCAACAGCAGCAACAACAGCAACAGCAGCAGCAGGCUGCAACAGAAGGUAGAGAGGAUUCGGAAGGGGAAGAACUUGUACUUGAAUCUGCUGCUGCGCUGCUGCUUACACUACAGGCGGCAACAGCAGCACAAAAAGUCCUUCCUCAAGAGCUGCUGCUGGCAGCAAAUGUCGCCAUUGGGGAUGUCCUUACUCUCUCGGUUGCUGCAGUACCUGUUCCGGUGGAAAUGUUGCAGCAGCUGUAUCGCCGUGCGCAGUUUGCUGCUGCUGUAGACCCCACAUCCAGCAGCAGCAGCAGCAGCAGCAGCGAGGUGCAGCAGACGACAACAUUGUGGGCAAUGGGUUGGGCGGUGUAUUGGCAGCUGGCAAGGAAUUUGCUUCCGCCGCUGCAUGCGCUGCAGCAAACAAUCAAUGGAGAGCAGCAGCAAGAACAGGAGAAGCAGCAGCAGCAGCUGCAGCUGCGCAGCUCUUUGGGGGCACAAGAAGCAGAAGCAGUGAUGUCUUCUUUAGUUGAUCUUCUAGAGUUUGCUGCUGCUCAACGGGCAACAGCAGCGGCAGCAGCAGCAGCAGCAGCAGCGCGACUACCCCCACCCCCACCACCACCACCACCACCAGCGACAGCAGCAGCAGCAACAGCAGCAGCAACAACAGCAGCAGCAACAGCAGAAACAUCAACAGGAUUAGUUGAGCAUGCAGUGUCUAUACAGCUGGCGUUGGGGCUGUUAACUGCACCUCCUCUCUUCUAUCGUCAUGCAACUCCUCUUUCAUUGCCCCCUGCAGCGGCUGCUGGGAGUAACUCACGGACGUCCGUGCAGCAGCAGCGGCUGCAGCAACAACGGCAGCUGCUGUUGCAGCAGCAAGUGAAUCUUCCAGCAGCAGCCGCUGACGCGCAGCAAGGCCCUUGGUAUUCUUGGGAGGUGGUAAGCAGCAGCGUGCAGCAGUUUGUUGCUGCAGCAGACGGACGGCUGCUAGCAGAGUGUCCUCAGCAGCAACAGCAACAGCAACAGCUGCUGUUGCAGUUGCCCUCCGACCGCGGCUGGCCAACAGCAGGUACGGCGGCAAGCAACAGCAACAACAGCAGCAGCAGCAAAAGCAAGAAAAGCGACAGUAGUGCCAAAGCCAUCACGUCGUGUUUGCGGCUGCAGCCGCAUGCAGCAGCAGCUGCUGCUGCUGCUGCCGCUGCUGCUGCUAGCGGGGGCAGUCCUCAGACAGCAGCAGCAGCGCAUCAACCCAGGUCAACAAAUCCAUUCGAGCCAGAGAGCACUACAUGCAGCAGCACCAGCAGCACACCUGCCGCUGCAGCAGCUGCAGCAGCCGCUGCUGCUGCUGCCGCGGCCGCACCCACCACAGCAAUGCUUGAUGAAAUGCGGGAGCGGAUCGACUUGCGGCGUUUCCUGCCGCUGCAGCAAACGGCAGCAGCAGCAGCAACAAAAGCAACAACAGCAACGGCUGCUGCUGCUGCUAAUGGAAAGGAGACAGCAGCAGCGGACGAUACAGCAACAGCAGCAGGAGCAGCAGCAAGUGCUGCUUCAGCAUGUCUAAAAGAUGAAUUGCCUCUCUGUUGCUCCUUUAGGCUCACAAGUGUGCAGCUAAUGACAUGUAGCCGAUUGCUGCAGCUGCUGCCUGCUGGUGCACCUGCUGCUGUUGCUGCUGCACCCGCUGCUGCUGCUGCUGCUGCAUCUGGAGACAUAAUGCUCUGCCUACUAGAUGAACUAUGCAGAGUUCUCUUAGAUCCUCUUCGUCUAUUUGGGGAUUCUCUUAGUCUUGCUGUUGGCAGCUCGGCGUUGCUGCUGCUGCUGCAGUUCUUUAGACAGGCCAUCGUUAAGGCAAUAUAUGCCGAUCUGCAGCAGCAGCAGCAGGAGCAGCAACAGGAGCAGCAUGAUUCAUGCAAGACGACAACACUAGAUGCUGUGUUACGGUGUGUCCCUCUAGUGCUGCAGCACUUUGUUGCUGCUGCAGCAACUCGCUGCGACCUCCGUCUUCGUGAUGUUGGGUUUUGGGCAUUGGCAGCACAGGCUGUAUGCACUCUCUGUGAAGAUGCAGCAGCAGCAGCAGCAACGGCAGCAGCAGCAGCAGCAGCGCAUCCACUAGUAUCCCCGAACACUUUGGAGCAGCUGUGGGGCGCCGUCGCAUCUGCGCUACUGCAGCUCGCCACAGAUGAUCACGGCCUCGUGCAGCAGCAGCAACAACAGCAGCAGCAACUGCAACAGCAGCUGCAGCAACUGCAGAAACGCCAGCAGCAGGUGCAGCAACUCUUACUUAAGCAUCAACAAGCUGUCCAAACUCAUUUGCCACAGCCUUUUAGCGCUCCUUCCUACCUGCCUCCAGGUGCAGCAAACGAGCUGUAUCUGCAGCAGCAGCAGCUGUUCCCGCAGCAGCCACCACCGCCUCCGUAUGCAUGCAGCCCCAGUCAUCAACAGACACUGCAGCAGCUUCUGCAUGAACAACAGCAGUUGCAGCAGCAGGUGCAACACAUCCAGCACGAACUGCAGCAGCAGCACCAACAGCAACUGUGCGAUAGUCCGGAGGUCGUCUUGCUGCGGCGUUGGGUGCUGCGCAUUGCUGCUACAGUGCUGCAGCAGCAGCAGCAGCAGCAAUGGGCUACUGAUACUUUAGCCGAUCUCCGCAACCCAGAUGAAGUGUAUCUUGAAGGGACGCAUGCAUCAGCAGCAGCACGCGAAGCAGCACGAGCAGCAGCAGCAGCAAGACAAGAGUUCCUUCUGCCGCUGCUGCUGCAGCAGUGCGACCGUGUCGUUAGGGCAUACGCGGAUGCCGCCCCAGGAGGGCCAGAGACCACAGUAGAGGCCCUGGGGCUGUCUCAGGAGCAGCAGGAGCAACAGCAGCAACAGCAAGAGCAGCAAGAGGAGGAGAACCACCAGAAGCAGCAACAAGACCAGCAACAGCAAGACGACAAACAGCAGAACGGAGAUACAACUUCCAAAAGACUGCCCUGA